UACUAUGAAACUACUGCUUGCUUUAAGUGCCUUUGUAGUGAUAUGCGCUGGGAAUGUUAUUCCUCCGGUACCGAAGGACAACAGCCACUAUAUAGAAGGAGUGAGCCGUUACAUUUGGAUGCCUGACGGAGAUGAUAACCUUCACCUAGUCGACCUCGAGGAACCCGUGGAUGAAAGCUUCCUUGCAUCCAGAAAUGGAAACCGUAAUCAAUACUGGCUCUUUACCAGGCAAAAUCGUAAUAAUCGUCAAGUACUCGUGAACGGUAAUGCAAAUUCCGUACGUAAUUCUUUCUACAGAGGAAACAGACCUACAAAAGUAAUUGCUCAUGGUUGGGGAGGCAGUGGAAACGUUAACUGGAUUCCUCAAAUGGUAUCAGCUUUCCUUGAUCGGUCAGACGUCAAUGUAAUUGUUUUAGAUUGGAGUUCCACUGCCAGUGGUUCAUAUACGACCUCUGUUAGAGCAGUACCAGACGUUGGCAGACAUCUUGCUAAUUUCCUUAGAUUUGUUUUCAAUACAGCUGGUGGCAACUGGAACAAUGUUCACUUAGUUGGUCACAGCUUGGGAGCUCACGCUGUGGGAAAUGCUGGCCGUGCGGCCCCCUCUCGUCCCGUUCGUGUUACUGGUUUAGACCCAGCUGGGCCUCUGUGGCGUGGUAAUUCUAAUGCCCUAAAUCGUAACUCUGCUACAUACGUCGAAUCUAUUCACACCGACGGUGGUGCUCUCGGUAUUAUGGAUCCAAUUUCUCAUGCUGAUUUUUAUCCUAAUGGUGGCCGUAACCGCCAACCUGGUUGUAGUGACAGCUCCUGCUCUCAUGAACGAGCUCAACCUCUAUUCUCUUCUACUGUAAGAAACAAUCAUUUGAAUGGAAGACGCUGUUCAAAUCUUGACCAAGCCAGUAAAAAUCAAUGCACCGGUUCCACACUUAAGAUGGGUAACUCUAAUUUGAAUAAAAGAGGAUCUGGUCUUUACGCACUUUCUACUGGAGCGAGUUGGCCCUACUGAAGACAGAACUUUAAUAUUUGAAACGAAAAUUAAUAAUUAAAUUAUAUUUAGUUUUUAAAAAAGUGGCUUAAAGUCUAAUUAAAUACAUCCACAAACUGUUAUAGUUGAACCAAAUUGUUCAAUAAACGUAAUAAUA